AUGACUGAUUUUAUAGAGUCUUCAAAAGAACAAACCGAUUGUGACACUGCUGCUGAUUCGCUUACAUUAGGUCAAUUAAGAAAAAUUGUCAAACAAUUUCCAAAUAAACAAAAGACGAAGGAAUUCGGGUUCAACUAUUCUGACUGUGAUGUCAUCUCUAAUGAAAUUGAUGAAUUCUAUAGUUAUGUUGAAAUUCGACAAUGCCUCGAUAAUAAAAAAGAGUUUGAAGAUGGGUUUAAAGAUUCUUGGAUCCCUAGUACAAUAUCUGAGCGUCGUACAUAUAUAGAGUAUUUGUUGGAAAUAUUGGAUUUUAAAGAUCCAACUAAAAGACUUUCAGCAGCUAAACAACUAUUAUAUAUUGCACAAGGUGUGUUUGGUGAGACAUCAUCAAAAGAACACCAUAUUGAAAUAAUCAUUGAAAACAACAAACUUUUGUGGAAAUCUGGCGCUCUUUUAUCAUACUUUCAAGCAUUGAAAAUGACUUGUCGCGCACAUGAUUAUUAUAGUCGUUUGGAUAAUGUCACCGAUAGACAAGCAUACAUAGAUGAUGUAAACACUGAAAUUGGGUUUUAUUUAACAUUAAUGUACAUGCUAGUUGAAGUUAAUCUUUCUGAUGAAAAUUUUGGGAAUGAAUUAAUUGACCUUGAUCCUCCAAUGACAGUUUUUCUUUUUGAGACUGUUGCUUCUUUGAGAGAAAAAGACAAAAAUGUUAAAGGAUAUCCUGUGAAAAAGUUGUUACUUUUAUUGUGGAAAGUUAUCUUGGCAAGUUUAGGAGGAGUAGAUGAUAUUAAAAAAAAAAAGGAUGCUAUGAGAAUGCUUAAUGGAUUACCUCCAGUAAAUAACAAUAAGGAAUUUUUAACAAAAUCAACUCCCUUUGAUUAUCAAACUUUUCAAAGCGAAGCUACUCAAAAAUACCCAACAUAUGCACCACCUCCAUUUCCUGCACAAAAAGAAUCCUCGAAUAUUUUUUUUUAUACAAACAACAACAAUAAUAUUAAUUUUAGCACCAAUAGUAACUCUAGCGAAAUGUCGACACAAAACAACAACAAUAAUUCCAACGCUAAUAACAGUUCAUCAACAAAAUCACGUAAACAACAGUUUCAAACAAAUCAAAGACAACCUUUUAUUUUUCCAUUUUCAAAAUCUGAGCCAACUAUACCAAAAUCAAUUAUGGAGGCUGGUGAUCUAUAUUUAAAAUUCAUGUACACAAGUCUAUCGGCGAUCCAAUCUCGGAAAAUUAAGGAAGAAAUGAAACUAAAUCACCCUGAUUUUAAUAUCAAUGGAUCAAAUUAUAAUGAAAUGGAAGGAAUUAUAAAUAACGAUGCUUCUUUACCCCUUCUUGAUAAUAAUGAUUCUGUUACACAAAAAGAUAAAGAAAAAUUGGGCAGAAGGUCAAUUCUUCCGUAUAUGAAUAACAUAGUUGUCGUGCUUCUGAAACUUUUAUUAGCAACAAUAUCAUCAAAUACUAACAGCAGUAAAGGCACUGAAAAUAACGAUCCUCAAAAAGGAAAUGCUACAAAUAAUUUUAAUGCAUUUACAAAUGGUAAUAAUGUUGAAGAAGUUGAUAUCAUAAGACACCGAGAAAUUACCUCUAAAGCUGUAUCAGCAAUCUUAUUAUUGAUUCUUAAACAUUUAAAAGUAUCUCACGUGUUAAAAUUUGAAUAUCUUUCACAAUUAUUGAUUGAUUCAAAUUGCCUGCUUCUCAUAUUAAAAAUGUUUGGCUUACAAGAUAUAAGUGUAUCCAUCAAAGCUAAGAAUGAAGUAGAAGAUUUAAAUUUCUUUCAUUAUUGUCGUAAAGUAAAAGAUAAUCCUAUCCAAACAUUAGAAAAUAAUUCAAUAGAUAACUUUAAUUUCACCGGUAACAACAAUUAUUCUGAAUGCUCAUCGCCAUCAUCAAAGGUCCAAGGGCGAUCAGAAAAAAAUGGAAAUUUAAAUCUUGAUGAGAUUAAUGAUGUUGAUGAGGUUCAAUCAAACUACAACAGUGUUGAAGGUUACAAUGAAAUAAACAUGGAAAAUAACAUUGAAACUAUUAUUGAUUUGGAUUUUAGUUGGAGAAAUUUUUUUACAGCUAUAAAUUUUCUAAGGAUAGCUCAAAAAUUAACUAAAAAAAAGACACACAGAAUUUUGUUAUUAGUACAAUAUAAGUCCUCCGCCAUUCUGAAAAAAAUUCUCAAAGUGUCACAUCCAACAAUGGAAUUAUAUGCUUUAAAGGUAUUAAAGAAUCAAAUGCCCUUUAUUGGAAGGAAAUGGCGUCAAAAUAACAUGAAAUUAAUUACAGCAAUUUACCUAAAAUGUCGACCAGACUUGAGAGAUGAAUGGAUCUCUUCGCCUGACCCACAGGAACAAAAUCUUCGAGCAUUGGUAAAAUUUUAUAACGAUAAAUAUUAUUUUAUAAAUUAUGAUGAUCAUCAAUCAAAUGGUAUUCAUCACAAUGGUUACGAUGAAGACUCUACAGAAAUAUUUCCACCACACUAUACCAAACCUUUAGAUCAUGCCAAUUCAGCCUAUAUAGAUGAUAUUUUAUUGGAAAAUUCAUUUAUCGACAAUUGGGAAAAUUGGCUUCAGGAGGAAGUUUACAAAUUUUCUCUUUCUAAGCCUCAUCUUGUAAAUAUAGACGAAUUCUAUAAUGAUGAAUAUAGCACUAUAAUAGAGCAGGUUGGUGAUGGAUCAGAAUGGGAAAUACCACCAACACCGCCAUGUGAUGACGUCAAUGAUUGUUUUUCAAAUAUUGAAUGGAAGAAAUUCUCUCAGGAUGAUCUUGACGCUUAUGAAAGUUCCUUCAAGACUACUACCAAUGCUACCAAUAAAUAUAAAUCCAAUUAUAUUAAUUAUAUGGAUGAUGAUGAAAUUGAUAAUAAUUUGGAAAAUGUAGAUUUAUCUGAACAAAUACAAGCGGAUAUCGAAAUUAAAUAUCCUUGGCCUGAUGAAGUAUUGGGUCCACAUGCCACAGACGAAGUAAUGAUUUACGAGCCUAUAUCAUAUAAAACCGAUAUUGAAGACGAAUAA